CGAAGUCGGAUGCGUACAGGCGCAGCGCACUACUUCUCCCCGGACCCCGGCGAGCAAUAAUAAAUGGCGUCAUAGCCACGGGCCUUCCUCCCCCAAGCGGAUCACACCAACCCACCCCCCGCCGCCUUCCUCCUCCUCGCCGACCGCCCGCACCCGUCAACCCGCCCCCACCGCCGGCCGCCGCGGGUGAGGCGGAGAUCCAUCCGUCCAUCUGAGCUCCUACUGACUCGACGCCGGUAACCAACCCCAGCCCCGCGCGCUCGAUCGAUUCCCUUCUUCCCCAGCUCCGAGGAUUUGUUUCGGGGGUUCAAUCAGGUUCAGCUGAGACGCUGGACCCCGCAUGCCGCACGUGAACGCCAAGGUGUCGGCGGUGGCGGCGACGGGGAUGUCCGCCGUGCCUGCGGCCGCGGCGCCGCCCUCGCCGAGGAGGUGGGAGGGGGUGGACCCGGCGCUGGAGAGGAUGGUGCUGCGCGCGUGCCUGGACCAGGCCCCCGAGCGCCGCCGCGUGCGCGAGGCCUUCAAGGACGUGCAGCUCAGCAUUGACCACUGCCUCUUCAAGGCACAAUACAGUGACAUUGGAACAAAAGAGUCAUAUGAGCGGAACUCCAGAGGUGUGGAGAUAUUCUCAAAAUGUUGGUUUCCGGAGAACCAUCGUAUGAAAGCAAUUGUUUGUCUCUGCCAUGGUUAUGGAGACACCUGUACCUUUUUCCUUGAUGGGAUUGCUAGGAAGAUUGCUUCGGCUGGAUAUGGAGUAUUUGCAUUGGACUACCCUGGUUUUGGUCUUUCCGAAGGACUUCAUGGAUAUAUUCCAAGCUUUGAUACUCUUGUUGACGAUGUUGCUGAACAUUUUGCUAAGAUCAAAGGGAAUCCUGAAUACAGAGAUCUCCCAAGCUUUCUGUUUGGCCAAUCUAUGGGUGGUGCGGUUGCAUUGAAGAUUCACUUUAAGCAACCGAAAGACUGGAAUGGUGCAAUUCUAGUUGCACCUAUGUGCAAGAUUUCAGAUGACGUGGUCCCAGCUUGGCCUGUUCAGCAAGUUCUGAUUUUCAUGGCUAAACUCCUUCCAAAAGAGAAGCUUGUUCCACAGAAAGACUUGGCAGAAUUGGCAUUCAGAGAGAAAGAAAAACAAGAGCAGUGUUCUUACAAUGUGAUUGCCUACAAGGAUAAACCACGUCUCCGAACAGCUCUGGAGAUGCUGAGGACCACACAAGAGAUAGAAAGUCGCCUACAAGAAGUUUCCCUGCCCAUAAUCAUUUUGCAUGGCGAGGCUGAUUUGGUCACCGACCCAGGCGUGAGCAAAGAUCUGUAUGAAAAAGCGAAGACCUCGGACAAGACGCUGCGACUUUACAAAGACGCCUACCAUGCCAUCUUGGAAGGUGAACCGGACGAAGGGAUCUUCAAAGUUCUCGACGAUAUAAUCUCCUGGCUGGAUCAGCAUGCGGCAAAGGGAACACCGUCGUCGUGAGCUGCACAGAUUAUUUUUUGUCAUUUGUCGAGCACCACAGGUCACGGUUGGGAAUUCCAUUUUGGGUUUCACACUUGAUACACACGCUUAUUUCCUGUUGAUUGUGAAUAUGUAUCUAGUAAUAAAAAAAAAUCAUCAUCUGUGGUGUGUGA